ACGGUAAAGUCAAAAUGUGUACGAGUGAUCGGAGCGAGUAAUUCAUUUUAUGCGUCAGUUUUUCUCAAGAAACAAGAAAAAGGACGGUGAAUAUUUGGAGAAGUGAAUGCAACUGAAGUUCCGAGAAAGAAGCAGUGAAUCCCAUGUCUGUAAAGAGGAUAGGAGGGAGAAAACACACAAACAAACAACAUGUUUAUGUUAUGUUAUGUUACACAUUGCACUCCAUAAAGAGAGAGAGAGAGGGGUUGUGUUGUGUCCUAAAAUACUGGCAUUGCUUCGGACUUUGGGACAGAGAGAGAGAGAAAGGACUCUUUCUUCUUUCUCUCCUGAACCCAUCAUCGUCCUUGUCUCUCUCUCUUCUUUCUCUCUCUUACGUUGUACAUUUUGAUUUUCAAGAAAACUGCUGCAUUCUUCUAUUUCAGGGUCUUUUUUUGCAGUUAUAUCAAUUGCCACUUCCUUAUUUCUUUAUCCUUUCCCUUUUCAGGCCUGGCCUAAUUCCUCUGGGUAUCCCAAUUCACAUAAAAAGGAAUGCUUGCAUGAGGAUGCCCUUUAAUUCAUGUCUUUUUCCUCUUAGGAAAGUUAUCAUGUUGUGGUGCAACUGAUUUAGGCUUUCCUUGAGAGGAAAAAAGAAAUGGCGCGAGGCAGGAUAAGGGCAAAGAUCCGAAGGAGCAGUUUGUACUCAUUUGCUUGCUAUCGGUCGCAUGCCAAGGAAGAUGGUCCCCAUCAGUUAGGCCCCGGGUUCUCGCGAGUUGUACAUUGUAACCAGCCCCAUCUCCAUGAAAAGAAACCUCUUAAGUAUUGCAGCAAUCACAUAUCCACCACAAAGUAUAACAUCAUCACAUUCCUACCCAAGGCCUUAUUCGAGCAAUUCAGGCGUGUUGCUAACUUGUAUUUUCUCAUGGCUGCAAUUGUGUCGGCCACAACAAAUCUGUCCCCGUUCUCAGCUUUCAGUAUGGUAGCUCCGUUGGUCUUUGUGGUCGGGUUGAGUAUGGCGAAGGAAGCCUUAGAAGACUCGCGGAGGUUCAUACAAGAUACAAAGGUCAAUCAUCGGAAAGCUAGUGUCCACAAGGAAGAUGGUGUGUUUAGUCAUAAGCCGUGGAUGAAGAUUUCGGUUGGAGACAUCGUGAAAGUGGAAAAGGAUCAAUUUUUCCCGGCAGAUUUACUUCUUUUAUCGUCUAGUUAUGAAGAUGGAAUCUGUUAUGUGGAAACUAUGAACUUGGAUGGAGAGACAAACUUGAAGGUAAAACGAGCGUUGGAGGUUACUCUAUCUUUGGAGGAUGAUGAGGCUUUCAAGCAAUUCAGUGCAACCAUAAAAUGUGAAGAUCCUAAUCCUAGUCUUUACACUUUUGUGGGCAACCUCGAGUAUGAUCGUCAGGUUUAUCCUCUUGAUCCGAGUCAGAUUCUCCUCAGGGAUUCAAAGCUUAGGAAUACAGCUUAUGUUUAUGGAGUUGCUAUAUUUACUGGUCAUGAUAGCAAAGUUAUGCAGAAUUCUACAAAGUCUCCUUCUAAAAGGAGUAGGAUCGAACUACAGAUGGACAAGAUUAUUUACCUCCUUUUUACUGUCCUUCUCUCGAUCUCAUUUGUCAGUUCAAUCGGCUUUGCCAUAUAUGCAAAAUUUCAAUUGCCAAGCUGGUGGUAUAUGCAACCUAUGAACGAAGUAAAUAAUGUGGUCGAUCCAAGACAGCCUGAGUUGUCAGGCCUUUUGCAUCUGGUCACUGCACUUAUACUAUAUGGUUAUUUAAUUCCUAUAUCCCUCUAUGUUUCCAUUGAAGUUGUGAAGGUCCUACAGGCAUUGUUCAUAAACCAGGAUAUUAGUAUGUAUGAUGACGAGUCUGGAACUCCUGCUCAAGCGCGAACAUCAAACUUAAAUGAGGAGUUGGGGCAGGUCGAUACUAUCCUCUCAGACAAAACCGGCACUUUGACAUGCAACCAAAUGGACUUCUUAAAAUGCUCCAUUGCUGGUACGGCAUAUGGAAUGCGUGCAAGUGAUGUAGAACUUGCAGCCGCAAAGCAGAUGGCUGAGGACCUUGGUGGGCAAGAUCCUGAUUCACCGAGACGCGAGUAUGAGAAUGGUUCAUCAGAAAUUGAAUUAGAGAGUGUCAUCACUUCUAAAGACGAUUUUAAAGCUGCAAUAAAGGGGUUCAGUUUUGAGGAUAGCCGCCUUAUGAAAGGAAAUUGGAUGAAAGAGCCAAAUGCAGAAGUCAUCUUGUUAUUCUUUAGGAUACUUUCAGUUUGUCAUUCUGCUAUUCCCGAGCUAAAUGAGGAGACUGGCAACUUUAACUAUGAAGCGGAGUCGCCAGAUGAAGGAGCAUUUCUUGUUGCAGCUAGGGAAUUUGGCUUUGAGUUUUGUAAAAGAACUCAAUCAAGCAUUUUUGUACGGGAGAGAUAUCCUUCUUUUCAAGAGCCAAUUGAAAGGGAAUUCAAAGUUCUCAAUCUAUUGGAGUUCACUAGCAAGCGGAAGAGAAUGUCUGUUAUAAUUCGCGAUGAGAGUGGCCAGAUUCUUUUCUUGUGUAAAGGAGCAGACAGGUGUUUCUUUGAAUGUCCUUUUUAUUACGAUGAACUAUGCAUCCUUAAAGUAGGUGAUCUAAGUGACUAUUUUGCUAUCAAACACGCUGUUAAAUUGUCUGUCAAUUACAAUAUGCUUAUUCNUAUGAUGGAAAGGGACUUGAUCCUUGUUGGUGCAACUGCUGUGGAGGAUAAACUACAGAAGGGAGUUCCUCAGUGCAUAGAUAAACUGGCGCAAGCUGGUCUCAAAAUCUGGGUACUGACAGGUGAUAAGAUGGAAACAGCCAUCAACAUAGGCUAUGCUUGUAGUUUGCUUCGACAAGGAAUGAAACAGAUAAGCAUAACGACAAUGAAUGCAGACUCAGUGGCUCAAGAUUCUAAACAGGCUAUGAAGGAGGACAUUUUGAAACAAAUCACAAAUGCUUCUCAAAUGAUCAAACUUGAAAAGGAUCCACAUGCUGCGUUUGCGUUGAUUAUUGAUGGGAAAACUCUAGCUUAUGCUUUGGAGAAUGAUAUGAAGCAACACUUUUUGAACUUAGCAGUUAAUUGUUCAUCUGUCAUCUGCUGUCGUGUAUCUCCUAAGCAGAAGGCCUUGGUUACUAGGUUAGUAAAAGAUGGAACUGGAAAAAUCACCUUAGCAAUUGGCGAUGGUGCAAAUGAUGUUGGGAUGAUUCAAGAAGCGGACAUCGGAGUUGGUAUCAGUGGUGCAGAAGGAAUGCAGGCUGUGAUGGCGAGUGACUUUGCUAUUGCGCAGUUCCGGUACCUGGAGAGACUUCUUGUUGUACAUGGGCAUUGGUGCUAUAAACGAAUUGCUCAGAUGAUAUGUUAUUUCUUCUACAAAAACAUCUGUUUUGGCCUCACACUCUUUUACUUCGAGGCUUUUGCUGGCUUUUCGGGACAGUCUGUCUAUGAUGAUUCAUAUAUGAUGCUAUUCAACGUCAUUCUUACUUCAUUGCCUGUAAUUGCACUUGGAGUAUUCGAGCAGGAUGUGCCUUCUGAUGUUUGUUUAAAGUUUCCAGCACUGUACCAACAAGGGCCGAAAAACUUGUUCUUUGACUGGUAUAGAAUUCUCGGGUGGCUUGGCAAUGGUAUCUACACGUCCCUCAUUAUUUUCUUCCUCAACAUUAUCAUCUUUUACGAUCAAGCCUUCCGUUCUGGAGGCCAGACGGCUGACUUGACAGCUUUGGGUACUACGAUGUUUACCUGUGUCAUAUGGGCUGUGAACUGCCAAAUUGCACUUACUAUGAGUCAUUUCACAUGGAUACAACAUAUUCUUAUUUGGGGAAGCAUUGCUACUUGGUACAUAGUUCUCUUGAUAUAUGGUAGGUUAGCACCAGUUUAUUCUAAAUACGCGUUCGGGAUACUCGAGGAAGCUCUAGCUCCUGCUCCAAUCUACUGGUGUACCACUCUUUUAGUAACUAUGGUAUGCACUCUGCCUUACUUAGCUCACAUAGCUUUUCAACGAUCGUUUAGUCCGAUGGAUCAUCACAUUAUUCAAGAAAUCAAAUAUUAUAAGAAAGACAUAGAAGAUCGUCAUAUGUGGAAGAGAGAAGGAUCUAAAGCAAGGCAGAAGACCAAGAUUGGGUUCACAGCAAGAGUAGAUGCUAAAAUUCGGCUGUUGAGAGGGAGACUGCAGAAAAAGAAAUUAUAACUGUGAAUGGUUGAUUUUCUUUUAAUUUUUUUGGGGGAGUAAUUUUUCCCUUUCAAUUACUACACAGAACUUAGGGGGUUAGGCCAUUUACAAUUUUUCUUCUUUGGCCUAUUUGUAACUCAUUUGUAAAUUUCUUUUUGUCCAGUAUAGUGAGAAAUCAAAUGAGGUCAUUCAUUUGUUCCCAACUA